AUUAUUGGAAGGAGGCGUAUUGAGGAUCUUUGCAGUGUUUUUGAGCAACUGAUACUGAUCCACUGUUGAAACACAUCAGAUAACAGCCCAUCAGGGUUUUGCAAUGCUGUCUUUGCGUGGCUAUAGUGCCUGACAACCAGCGAUUGUUUCAGUUGGGAUACUUUGGAUACUGGCUUCUAGCUUUCUUCGAGCUCUUCUGAUUUUUAAUCGGAGUCCAAACCAUUUCGGUGAUGGCAUUUGCCAUGCUGCGGCCCAUAGCGACUCAUCUAGCGUAUCCGGAUGUUGCCAUGAUGUCCGAGGAUGAGGACAACCGCAGUGAGAGCGACGGUAGUUCGGAGCAGAGCUACGGCUGCUGCCUCAGUGCGGAGAAGCGGCGGCGGAUGUCCCGCAAGUCCACAGUGAGCGGUGUGGUUAUUGUAAAGCAACGGAACGUAGCAAACGCGCGGGAACGCGACAGGACGCAAAGCGUCAACACGGCUUUCACGGCGUUACGGACUCUUAUUCCCACCGAGCCGGUGGACAGAAAGCUGUCAAAGAUUGAGACUCUGCGUUUAGCGUCCAGUUACAUCUCACAUCUGGCCAAUGUGCUAUUGAUAGGGGACGGAGGAGAGGACGCGCAGCCGUGUGUGAGCGCGGUGUACAGUGCGCCGGGGGAGAGCGGAGGAAAGCAGCCGCGCACUAUCUGUACUUUCUGCCUCAGCAGCCAGAGGAAAGGGAUUAAGGACGGGACGGACUGUGUUCGUAUGCGGGGAAUCACUUCACUGCGCGUGACACGCCGGUAGCCAGCAGCAGCGCGUGAUGAAGCCGCAACACAGGGACCGUGAGAGGUGUGCAAGCCGCGCGACGCUCCGGAGACUCCUCGCGAAACACGCGCGGGACGGAGAUUUUCGGAAGACUCGCCAUUCAAACAAGAGUUGAUUAUGACAUUUUUUUUCCCCUAUGUGUGUUUUGUAUAGAGAUAUAAAAAUGUAAAAUGCAGUGCAUAAAAUGUUUUUUUUUUUUUUUUUUUAAAGAGAAUUUAUACUUUGUUACAGAAAUUGUGAGAACACGGCGAAAUAAAAUAUAUUUUAUCAGAUUUCUCUCUCAGUUUUGAGUGGAUGACUGUUGGAAAAAAACAAAAAACAAAAACAAAACCCGAAUCUGCACUUUUUAAGUGUUAUUUAUCCAAUAAUCUUACCAAUUACUUCCAAAUGUACCUACGUAGGCUAUGAAAAACUAGGCUAUAUGCUGAUCAUGGUGAUGAGCUUUCAUAAUGGUCCUAAGAAUUUAACAAAAUAAUAAAACUACAACGUAGUCUAAAUACAGUCUUAAAAUUAUUUAUUUUUAUAGCAACAAUUUAAAAAUAAAGUGCUCAA